ACAAAGCAGCUUAGCUUGGUAAGUACCUAAAAAUAUUACUCCCCUUUUAAGCCUUUUUUAUAAGAAGUCUUUAUAUAUACUAUGCUUUGUGAAAUAAUGAGUUGUGAGCAAAUGGGGAGCAACUGGGGAUUCAUAGAAGAAGGUUGGAGAAAAGGGCCUUGGACUACUGAUGAAGACAGAUUGCUCAUUGAAUAUGUCAAGUUGCAUGGUGAAGGCAGGUGGAAUUCUGUUGCUAGGCUUACAGGGUUGAGAAGAAAUGGAAAAAGUUGUAGGUUGAGAUGGGUAAAUUACUUGAGGCCAGACUUAAAGAAGGGGCAAAUAACCCCACAAGAAGAGAGGAUCAUUCUUGAGCUUCAUGCUAGAUGGGGCAACAGGUGGUCAACUAUUGCUCGAAGCUUGCCUGGGAGAACCGACAACGAGAUCAAGAACUACUGGAGGACACAUUUUAAGAAAAAGACCAAGAACUCGAGCGAUAACUUUGAAAAAUCACGAGCACGUCUCUGGAAAAGACAACAAUUCCAACAACAAAUCAACAAUCAAAUCGACAUCAAACAAGUGAUGUCAUUACCAAUUGUGCCUCAAGCAAAACAAGAAAUGGCCAUUUUUGACCCAAACACAAUUGAACUACAAGAGCAAGUUGGCUCCUUCUACUCAAUGCUCAAUAACUGCACUUCUACGUCACAGUCUGAACCCUCAUCAUCAUCCAAUGAAGAUAUCAUGUGGGAUGACUUAUGGAACUUGGAUGAUUUUUAUGGCCAUUUUAUCAACACUACUACAACUUAUAACAAAACCAACACUCCUAGCCUACAACCUAUGGCUACUCCAGCUUUCUAUUAAAUCCUCAAGAAAACCACUAGAAGUAAUUUCCCUUUUUCAGUCCUAAUUUUCUCAGUGUUUGUGUGAUCUAUAAGUCACGGGUUCGAGCCGUGAAAUCAACUACUAAUGCUUUAUCAGGAUAGACUACCUAUAUUACACCUACCCCUUGAGGUGUGGCCCUUCACCAAGCCCUGCGUGAAGUGGGAUGUAGGCUGUCCUUUUUCAUUAUAACUUGUUGUCAGUUGGGAAUUAACCAAAGAAGGUUUAUUAUCCAACUAAGAGAGCUUAUAAGGCAUCUUAGUACUGUAGUAUAAUUUUAUAACAAUAUGUACUUUGUGCUA